GGAAUUUUCCCCUUCUAAUUAUAGUCAUUAAAGCAACAGGAACUAUAAUGUUAAAAUGUCGUCCUACAAAUGGCUGGACAUGGGUAUACAGCAUUUAUCAGAGUCUGUGUUUAUGAAACUGAAUCACAAACUGGGGUCCUCAGAGACGGUGAUCAUGAGGAGACAGAUGGGGGAGUUCACGGAAAUUAUGAUGAAUCUAGUAAUUAAUAAAAGAAAAGAAUACAGGAUGAUGACUAGUGGCAGUUGCAGAGAAGGAUUCAGACUAGAGAAGUCAGAUAUGGACGCAAUGUUUUGGCCACAUGACCACUAUGUAGUCUGGGACCAGGUUCGGAAUUAUGACUUAAGUAGAAAAACACUGAUUCUCUGUGAUUGUUCUGAAAGCCCACCAGGAUUUGUUUUACUUGAAUUACUGACACCAACGCACAUUCAAAGUGUACAGAAUGCAUGUGUGAGAAUAAAUGACAGAUUCUAUAUAUCCAGUUCCAUAUACAGACAAAUAACAUGUUCAACAGUUUUGCCUAAUUUAAAGGAACAUGGUCCGUGUGGUAGUGGUGUUUACGCGGUUAGUAGAGUUUGACGCUGCCCUAUGUUUUGUCAGUGAUAUUUGGCCUCCUCCUGCCUCCAAAUGGAUAGACAGAUGUCACUCAUGGCCUCCGUCUUUUAUUCUUAAUGACAUAGUCGGAAGUGGAUGCCACUUUGUAGCAAUAGGACACAAACUCGGAAAACACGCAGACAAAGAAUGGAGAAUUUCCUUCUCUUUAGCAGAACAAAAACUUGCCUACUCAUUGAACCACUGCCAAUUCUUAACCUACGGCCUGCUAAAACUGUUUUUAAAAGAGUCUAUCAAUGAAGAAUUAAGUGAAGGAGAUAAAUUACUGUGUUCAUAUCACAUGAAGACAGCAGUUUUCUGGGUGAUUCAACAAAACACAAUACCUCGAUGGCAUCCACAAAAUCUUCUUCAGUGUUUCUGGGUCUGUUUUAAACUUAUCCUUAAAUGGGUGUAUGAGGGGGUAUGUCCAAACUUCUUUAUUCCAGAAAACAACAUGUUUCUGAGUAAUACUCAUGGUGAAGCACAAAACAAAUUAUUCAUUAGACUUCAUAAAUUGUAUGAGAAGGGUAUAGCAUCACUGCUUCAUUGUCCAUCUAUCAGGUCUAAUUGUGUAAUCACUGUCCUUCAAAAUCCCAGACAAUCUAUUGAUACAGAUAAACACAGGUUGAUCUCCAAGGUUUUGUUUGAAAAAGAGCUACUUAAUGAAUUGUAUUCAUAUAGAAUACCAACACCAGACCUACACACCUGUAUGAGGUUCCUCAAUGCUGUAGAUAAGGUGAUAGUUUUACCCCUGACUCAGUGCCAGGUUCUCCUAUUAAAGAGGGUUACAGCCAUUGUACUCCCGAACACUGCUUUUAUAUUAUACAAGCCUCCAAUCGUUUUUGCACCAUUUGAGGUAAGUACUAGCUCAGUUGUAAACAAGCAGGUGUAUAUAGCUAAUAAAACACCCAGUUAUAUGCUGAAAUUGGCAGCCAAGUUUGGGUGUAUUUCUGAUAUGUUGUUUAUUGCAAUGUUUUACUACAAUACACUUAGAUACAAAGAAGCUAUAUCAGUUCUAGAAAUGACAAAGGUGAAGUUAGCACAGCCAUACGUAAUGUAUAUCCACCAUUCAUCUUACAAUGCAGUAUGGUACAUGUUUCAUCAGUCCUUGGGGGGACAGUCCUGGUCUACAAAUAUGAGACAUGAUGUGACAUGUGAUAAUGAACUUGAUAAUCAUGUCUGUUACAUCAAUGAAUUAGUGCCAGAACAACAGUCUGGAUUACAGUGUGGAUCCCCUGGAUUAAUUAUCCCAUCCUAUGUUUUCAUACACAUGUUAGAGGUCUUGUGUUACAGACAUGUAGACCCAGUGAGAACACAAUCAGCUCUUAAUGACCUACAGGACCUGGUCCAACAUGAUCAGGGGGAGUAUAUAGAUAUACGUUUCAGAGACAUCUCCUGGCAGAUUCUGGGGAUCUGUCAACAGGUGACAGGGAACCAUCAAGCUGCUCUGUACUCCUAUCAACAAUCUCUCAGACAAAUACCAUACCACAACAUCCAAACUGCUACAUUGAUGAGAAUACAAGAAAUCAUGGCACUCAUGAACAGAAAUCAAUAAUAAUAAAUCAAGAUUGUUACCUGUCAGAAUUCAGCAAUUCAGAGAAAAAAAUCUGAGUCAUUCCCUAUCCCCCUUAGAAUUUUCCUUUUUUUUUUUUAAAUUAUUUUACACCUAAGGAUAAUUCUGCAUAUCCCUGCGCAGUCUGCAGGAUAUGGGCCCUUAUCGCAGUGCAAUUAUCAUAGAACCUUUCAUUGCGAAAUAGCACCUUAUUUUGCUUGACAGAGUUAUCCAAUCAAAAUCCUUGAUUUUGUUGCGCAAUUUUUGUUAGCCUGGCAGUGCAUUGAAGAAAAAAACCCACCACCCACCCUUUUUCCUUUUUGGGGUUUUUGGUUUUAUAUUAUCUUGCAUUUUAGUCCAGAUUUGUAUUUUUCUAACUAACUUGUCAUAUGUUUCUUGAUUGGCGCAAUUGUUUGGACGCCUCAAAGGAUUUACUCAU